AAAAUGAUGUGUUUGGAGCAAAAUACAUAGUGUCGGCAAAUUCACCCAAUUAGGAAGCGAUUGUACAAAAUCAGAUCGCGUUUAGUUAACGUUAGCAGAUAUCAAAGACUAUAUAGAGGGGACUAUCUUUAAAAUAUAAUUUAACUCAAACGGCAUCCUGCUAGAUUAAGUUCAAAGUAUAAAUAGACCCCAACUUAACUUCAUUAAUUACUACUUGUAUAUUUAAUAUUUAUUUAAACCUAAUUUCAUCAGGAUAUUUUAAACGCUCAAGAUGACAGCUUCAAAAGUAGAUCCAGAAGAAUAUGAGUUAUUACAUUUAACAGAUUAUGAAUUAAUCAAAUUCACCAGACAACAAAACUCCGCUGCUUGGAAGGGGAGAUUGACAGCAGAUGACUAUAUAAUCAGAGAUUUGGUCUUAGGAAAAUCCAAAAUGAUAGCCACCAAGCCUAAUGGAUUAUUUGUUUUCAUGUUAAGAAGAAUUAGCGAUAAGAAGCCAGUCUCAUCUAUUGAAUUAUUGAUCCGUACAGGUUGGAGGUUUGACUUUGAAAAUGGAGAAGUUGUGGAAAAAGAAGUAUCAACUGGAUGUAUUGGAGGUGUAUUUACUUAUCCAGAAUACAGGGGUCAAGGUUUAGCUAGAAUUAUGGUUGAUAAAAUGAUGAAGAUUGCCAAAUCAGAAAUAAUAGGCGAAGAUGGAUUUACAUUUCUUUAUUCUGAAGUUGGUGAAUACUACGUUAAGAAUGGAUUUAAGUCGUUUGAAAUCCCAUUAGUACUGAUACCAUUAGUAGAUGCUAAGCCUGUCGAGGGUAUUGAUGAAAAAUUUGAAUUAAUUCCAUAUCAUAAAUUCAAACCUUAUUUAUCUAUUCACAAUAAACAAUUAAAAGCAGAAAUUAUUGAAAAAGUUAAACAAGAUCAUUUAUCAAGGGUCACAUUAGUACCAACUUCAGACUUAGUUGAUUGGUUCCAUUUAAGAAGUAAGUAUAUCAGUUAUAAGCUUUUCCACGAAAAGAAACAUACUGAACCAAUUGAUUUUGUGAAUGAUACGUAUGAGCAGAUUGCGGAAAAAUUUGAAAGAUCUGAACCACAUAAAUUUGGUCUUAAAUUGUUGAACAACGACAAUGAUUUAGUUGGUUAUAUUAUCUGGACUUAUGAUUGGAUUAACGAUACUGAAAAUUAUGCUACUGUAUUAAAGAUCGUUGUCGUUGAUGGUAAUGAUAAAGAAACAGCUUCUUUGAAAUUAUUGAGUUUGUUAAAGAACCACUUAUUAAAGAACGAAGAUAACGUAGGUCAAACUACUGUCAAGAUCAGUGUUUGGGAAUCAGAAGUCAGUGAAAAGAAUAAGAAGAUCUUAGUAUCUAAAUGGAAAUCUAAGGCUGGUCUUGAGAAUAGUUCAAGAUCUGCUAUUUUAAUUAAUAAUAAAGUUGACGACGACAAGUUACAAUCGGGUGAUUUAAUCUGGGAAGGUAAUGAUAAAUUAUCUUGGUUUUAAUAAACAGAUAUAACUUUCAUAGUCUACAUCAAAUCAUUAAAUAUGAUUCAAGAUUGAUUUU